CCCAAAAUAUAUUAUACAUCCUUCUUAUUUCCCUCAAAGCCUGAGCAAACAUGGUACUCUUCUUUCUCAUUUUCUUCCUCUUCCUUUCUCUACCUAAUUCAUCUCUCUCUUCUUUUUCUCUCAAUUCAUCUACACCUCUUUGCCAUUCAGACCAAAGCUCUGCUUUGCUCCAUUUCAUAAACUCUUUUUCUGUCGGCGUUUCUCGUUGUGACGAUUCUUAUUAUCCUCCGAAGAAUUCGUGGAAAAUGGGUACAGAUUGUUGUGGGUGGGAUGGGGUCACCUGUGAUACGAUGACAGGUCAUGUUAUUGCUGUCGACCUCAGUUGCAGUCGGCUUCAUGGUCCCAUCCAUCCCAAUUGUACCCUUUUCUCUCUUCGCCAUCUCCAGAGGCUCAACCUUGCUUACAACGAUUUCCAUGGCUCCACAAUUUCAUCUAAGUUUGGUGGCUUUGCAAACAUGACGCAUCUCAACCUCAAUUACUCCUACUUUGCUGGUAAUUUCCCAUCCGAAAUCUCCCACUUAUCCAAACUGGUUUCACUUGAUCUCUCUUCGAAUAAUGACAUGAGAAUAGAAGCGCCUAAUUUGAAAAGGCUUAUUCAAAACCUAACCCAUCUAACUGAACUUGUUUUAGUUGGGAUUGAUAUGUCUUCUGUUUCAACUAAUUGUCUCAUGAAUUUGUCGUCUUCUUUAACAUCUCUUCGUCUUAGUUAUUGCCAAUUGAAAGGGAAAUUUCCAGAUAAUAUAUUCCACCUUCCAAACCUCCAGAUGCUCCGUGUAGCUUACAACUACCAUCUCACUGGUUCCUUUCCAACGUAUAACUGGAGUACUUCUCUCAAGUUCUUAAUUCUCUCUGAAACCAAAUUCUCAAUUGACUUACCUUAUUUAAUAAGCAACCUCAAGUCCUUAAAACAGUUGUUUGUUGGUGGAUGCAAUUUCAUAGGUUCAUCGUAUCCAACAUUUCUUUCAAAUCUCACACAGAUAACUUAUUUGGACCUUUCAUAUAGUAACUUUGGUGGUCAGUGUCCAUGGUCCCUCCUAAACAUUACAGGACUUACUUUCUUGGAUCUCUCAUACAACAAUUUCAUAGGGCAACUUCCGGACUUCUCUUCAAAUAAUUCAUCUAAUAGUCAACUAGUCAACAAGAUUCCUUCCAAUCUAGAAUAUCUCUUAUUAUCUGGUAACUUAUUGAAUGGGGCAAUACCAUCUUGGGUGUAUACAAUACCAUCUUUGCGUUACUUUUAUCUUGAUCACAACCAAUUCACUGGGCAUAUUGGUGAAUUCCAGCAUAACUCAUUGGUUUAUCUAAAUGUUUCCUUCAAUAAUUUUAGUGGCAAUGUGGAGUCAAAAAUAUUCUCAAAGCUCAAAAGUCUUCGAUAUCUUGAUAUGUCAAAUAAUCCUCACCUAUCACUACACUCCUUCACAUCUGCCACCAAUAUUUUGUCCAAAAUUCACUCCUUACAAUUGUCUUCUUCCAACAUAACCGAAAUUCCACAGUUUUUACGAACUGCAGAAUGUAUAGAAUACUUAGACCUUUCCAACAACCAUAUCAAAGGCAAUAUUCCAUCCUGGGUAAUGGAGGUGGGGAAGGAUUCAUUGUUAUACUUUUCACUCUCAAGGAAUAAUUUAACUGGACACAUCCCUUCCUUGAUUUGCAAUCUCAGUUCCCUCAAAUUCCUUGAUUUCUCUUAUAAUCACUUGAAUAACAUGAUUCCUCCAUGUUUGGGAAAGUUAAGUGAUAAUCUCAAAGACUUGAAUUUACAAAGUAACAAUCUUAAUGGCACUGUCCCAGCAACAUUUGCAAAGGGAUGUCAAUUGAGAAGUCUGAAACUCAAUGGCAACCAAUUGGAAGGGGCAUUGCCACAAUCAUUGGUCCAUUGUAGAAAGUUGGAAGUUCUGGAUUUUGGUAACAACAAGAUUAAUGGAACCUUUCCUUGUUGGUUGGAAAGUCUUUCAAAGUUGUGCGUUCUUGUCUUGCGAUCAAACAACUUUCAUGGUGCCAUAGGCAAUCCCAAGACCAAAUUCCCGUUCCCUAAUUUGCGAAUCAUAGACCUCUCUCACAACAAGUUCCAUGGUCUUUUGCCAACAAAAUUUUUCAUGUAUUUAAAAGCCAUGAUGAAUGUGAGUACAGACAAAGGUGAAUUGAAAUAUAUGGGUGAUGAUUAUUAUCAAGAUUCUGUGACAGUGGUGAUGAAAGGGCUUUCCAUUGAAUUGGUAAAAAUCCAAAGUCUAUUCACAACCAUUGAUUUUUCCAACAAUAAUUUCAAAGGAGAAAUUCCAAAGGCAAUUGUAGAGCUUCGGUCACUGAAGGGGCUUAAUUUUUCACACAAUAAUCUUUCAGGUCAUGUACCUCCAUCGUUGGGAAAUUUAACCAAUCUUGAAUGGCUAGAUCUCUCCUCAAACAAGCUCACAGGUGAAAUUCCUAUACAAUUGGCAGAUCUGACAAUGCUAGCAUUUUUAAACCUAUCAGAAAAUUAUCUUUUUGGACAUAUACCCCAAGGUAAACAAUUCAAUACCUUUAUGAAUGAUUCUUACUAUGGGAACCUUGGGUUAUGUGGAUUUCCAAUGACAAAAGCUUGUGGCAAUGAUGAGGGACAACAACCAUCGCCAUCAUCAACCAUUCAAGAAGAUGAUUUCGAAUUUGAAAAUGGGUUUCAUUGGAAAGUUGUAUUGUUGGGGUAUGGCUGUGGAUUCAUGUUUGGAUUGGGUUUGGGUUAUCUUGUGUUCUCAAGUGGAAAACCGAAAUGGCUAGUGAAUAUUGUUUAUGGAGGAAGACAUAACAAGUUACAAAGAUCCUAGGAGAAUGCUCGUGGACGAACUCAUUGAAGAAGAAUUUAGUGGAUACAAAUACUGAUUCUAGGCUGGUGGCCCUUUCUAUCUCUCUAACAGGAUGGAGGGACAGCAUUCAUUCAUAGUUUAGAUCACUGGCCGACAUUCCAUGACCACGUGAUGAUAAAAAAUUCGUUGUGGUGCUUCGAUCCUUUUUGAUGACAACAAUUGUAAUAAAAACCAUUUCAAACCUUGAGGGUUUCAAUAAAAUUGAUUUCAUCAAGGAGGAGCUUGAAAAGGCUUGUCCAGGGGUAGUUUCAUACGUUGAUAUUGUUUCUAUUGCCACAAGAGAUGGCAUUAUGUUGGUCUAAAAUUUCAAAAAAUUCAAAAAAAAAAAGGAAGAAGAAGAAAGAAAGAAAAGAGAAAUACUUUUCUUAUUCCAAAUUCUGUUAAACUGACAGUAAAGAACAACUCUUGGAAAGUUUGAUGAUGUGCUUGGGCCCAGAUGCCACUGUUUGCCUUGGGUUUUGGGACAGUAGUUAGCUGGCCACCUCAUUGUGCGUGCAGCAGCUGGAUGUUUGAUGUGAAACAAAGACAAAAGUUAUUAAGUGUUCCGAAGUUGGUGUUGGAUUCUAUUUUUGAACAAAAGAAUGAGAUUGUGAUAACCGUGGAAGAGGAACUUGAAAGGCCAUGUCAGCUUAUGGAUUUGAGAUUGUUCAAACGCUCAUUGUGGACACUGAACCUGAUGAACAUGUGAAGAAGGCUAUAAGCGAGGUAAAUGCGGGCUUGUGGCCCCUUUCUAUCCAGUGUUAACAGGCCGAGCAUUCCUUCAUACCUCAACAAAGCACUGCCUAAGAUUCCAUGACCGGAUGAUUAUACUAUACAGACACUUUACCUUUUUGGCAUUAGAGGUUUUGAUGAAAGAGAAAUAGUCUAUCUUUUAGGUGCACACAAAAUUGGGAAGAUUGGCUGUGAGUUCAUACACAAACACCUUUAUGACUGCAAUGGUACAGGGCAGCCUGACCCAACCAAAGCUUCUGAUUUCCUCACUGACAUGAGAAUGAGGUGCCAAGACAGUAAUAGGACCAACACUCAGCCUUCUUCUUAACCCAUGUAAUCAUUGGAAAUGAGUGAGUCUGCAUGAAUUCACAGCCAGUCAUUAGAAAGGGGAGAAGACCCCUUUUUGCUGAUCAGCAAUAGCUAGCUAAUGAGAAGACCACAAGACUGGUAAGGGCCUAUGCUUCAGAUGACAGAUCAACCAACCGUAAGACUAGACUUUGCAUGGGCAAUGAUGAAGAUGCCAGUGCUUAAUGUUUUGGCUGGAUCUCAAGGCUGGUGGCUAACGUGAUGGAGGGAUAGCAUUCAUUCAUAAUUUAGAUCACUGGCUGACAUUCCAUGACUAGAUGAUGAUAAAAAAUUGGCUGUGGUGCUUUGGUCCUUUUUGAUGACAACAAUUGUAACAAAAACCAUUUCAAACCUUGAGAGUUUUCAAUAAGAUUGAUUUCAUCAAGGAGGAGCUUGAAAAGGCUUGUCCAAGGGUAGUUUCAUGUGCUGAUAUUGUUUCUAUUGCCAUAAGAGAUGGCAUUAUGCUGGACAUCACAGGCUAGAUAGCAUUCUUUCAUAUUUCAACAGGUACCUAAUCUUAGGCGUCUUGGCCUCUUUGAUCAUCUGAGGGUGCACAGAAAAUUGGGAAGAUUGGCUAUGAAUUCAUACAGAAACAUCUCUCUGACUUCAAGGGGACAGGGUAGCCAAACCCAACUAUAACUCUUGAUUUCCUCAAAAUCCAAAACAUUGCCAAGUAUUUCCUGGACGGUGAUAUAGUCAGCGUCAGACUUCUUCACAGGUAGACUAACAAGGAAGGAGAGAAAAAGAACAAUUGCAACUGAGUUGUUAUCUGAUUGUACCCAUGCUGAUUACAGGAAGUGCAAGUUUCAAGAGAUAGAAGAAAAGAAUCAACCAGGGGGGAAUGAGAAAUGGAAGAUAAAAGGUCAGCAGUUGCAGAAGCGUGCAAAGCAAAGAAGGCAUUGAAAUAUCUUCACCAUUUUUU